CGAUUCACCACCCACAGUAAGUUCUACAUACACAGUGGAGUGUGCUACUUUUUUUUCUCUUGCCUACUCAUUCGAACACAACAAGUUCUCUCUCUUCCGCACUGCAGACUAUCCCCAUUAUCUGGGUCCCUGUUCCCAUCGCGUCCCUCGUCCCCUGUGAAAGAAUAGAGCGCACCAACUUUCUUUCCCUGUCCCUGGUGGAUCUCGACAAAACCUCUUAAGUCCGUUGACUCCUCACGGAACGCACAUUCGCUGAUCGCCUCUUUCCUGCAAGCGUCCCGUCCUUGCUUCUUCUUGAACCACUCCCCGUCCAGUCGCCCUAUGUUUCGCCAACUGUGUGCGUGUGCGGAUUGAUUCAGGUCGGCUAAGUCAACAAUUUCACUACCACACAUACCAAUGCAGGCCGUCUUCACCAUCACACUCAGCGAAAUCUUAUGGUGUCUGAUGGUCACUAGUCGUCAGAUAAGGAGCUGGGGUAAAUAUUUCGCAGCGCAAUGAGCCAGGCUACCCCCCAAUUGUCACCGUCCCCUUCCUCGUCCAUCGUACGGCCGGCCGUCGAGUUGACCCCGCUCAUUGAGGAGCUGAAGGCUAUCGCCAGCAGGCAUGCGAUAGACUCGCAGCUAGCACUUUCUGCUACCGAAUGUUUGCUUCGUCUUCGUCACACUUUCAUCGAUGAUGACCAUCCAAGAGAAGCUAAGGAGGGCUUCCGACACCUGCAGGGCUUCCAGUGCCUGAUCGACCUCCUCCGGAAGAUUGCGGAGUUAUAUGCCCCGAAGCAAGCAACCCAAGAACAGAAUAAGUCACUUUUGACUCUAUUCACGGAUACAUUGGCGGUGCUGGCGGAAGCAUUGAAGGACCAUUAUGGAAACAAGCGGCACUUUGCGACUCGGAUCUCUGGUGGAGGAAGAGCAGCCUUGGAGGAAAUUUUUGCUGUCAUAGCAGAGAAAGCAGAUGGUGUGCAGGGUGGCACUGAGCAACUCUACGGUGGCAUUCUGGCAGCGGCUCUUUGUCAGGAGACGGUCUCUAGCAUUUUCACAUCAUUAGAGUCAAAACUGCGAUCGGCUUCUGAUCUACUGCCGGAUCAGAUUCGGACAGAAGUGGAUCGAUGCAUAGGACAAUCCGAGACGGUUGAAGUACCUGAACUAUUGGAACCUUUCAUCCGUGUAUGGCUGCAUCAGACGUCAUUGUCGCUGGCCGACCACAAUCUUCAGAGACUCGCCGUGCCUGCAUGCCUUUGUCAGCUUGCCUCUCAGUCUCAGCGGAAUGUCACCACAUUACACAGUGCUGGAGCACUGUCGUUGAUUCUUCCGCUCCUUUUCAGCGACGAGCGCUCUCAAUCCGAGAGACUACUAUACCAGGAACUAGGACAGUUGCUAUGCACUCAAGGAGUUAGAAAAUUAGACGACGCAGUGUUCUUAUACAAGAGGGCACAUGACUCUCCUGAAGUCUUACGCUUCCUGGUGGACGUCCUCAAGCGCUCGAAAGGACCCCCUUUCGUCCAGUUUGAUCUGUCGUUGCAUGGCUUCUGCUCGAUAGAAUUUCCGACCAUGGGUCGUUCGUUCCCUCCGGCAACUUCGUCUGGCUACACUUUGUCAGUAUGGGCGCGAUUCGACCAAUUCGAUGCCAACACACACACCACAAUCUUCGGGGCAUUUGACCCCACCCAGACCUGCUUCUUGCUAGCUUAUCUUGAGAAGGAUACCCGCAACUUCAUCCUGCAGACAUCAAUCAAGGGAGCUCGGCCUAGUGUCCGAUUCAAAUCUAUUGCUUUUGAGUCUAACAGAUGGUAUCAUAUCUGUGUCGUUCACAAAAAACCUAGACCGCCGUCGUACUCCCGCGCCUCCUUAUUCAUUGAUGGUGAGUUUAUGGAACAGUUGAAGAUAGAAUAUCCAUGCAUGCCUGUUGCGAGUUCUUCCAGUCGGUCGCCACGGGUUCAAGCAUUCCUGGGUACACCUCAGGACCUCGCAAUGAGACUGGGAAGAGGGGUAUCUGCCUCUCGAUGGUCGCUGUCUAGUGCUAUAUUAUUUGAAGAGGCUUACAGCGAUGAUCUCAUUGCUGUCUUCUACAACCUUGGCCCUCGUUAUUAUGGCAACUUCCAGGACUGUCUCGGCUCUUUCCAGACCUACAAGGCUUCGGCCUCUUUGAACUUGCGCAACGAGCACCUGCAUCCCGGCAAGGAAGAGCAAUCAGAUAUCGUCACUGCUAUCCGGAAGAAGGCUAGUAUCCUAAUUCAUGAAGCGUCCAUCAUCAUAAAUGUUUCCCCGCUGUCUGUCUUGGAUGACGACGAUAGCAACACGGUUGAUGAAACACGAUUGCUUAAGUCACUGUCCAAACAAGCCGCGAAGAAUCUGCAUCAUAUGACAAAGGCAGGAGGCAACGCAGUAGCAGUGAACGGUGCUACCCCUGCCUUAAAUGAUGCACUGACUCAACCCCACGGCAUCGGUGUCCUGACAGGCGACCCUGUUGUGGUGGUACCACACUCUCUAGAUGAUGCAAGUUGGUGUAUUGGUGGAUGUGCAGCGAUACAUCUGAGCCUUCUACACGCAGCUGGUACUGCGGAGGCGACCCUGUUGGCGGUCGAGGCGUUGUACGAGGCCGUCGAGGAUAAUUGGCGCAAUAGUGAAGCAAUGGAGAAAGAAAAUGGCUAUGGCAUACUUGCAGCCCUGCUGCGCGAAAAGCUUGGUAUUUCCUCAGAUGGAGCCCCAGCGAAGUCCUCUAGUGUUUGCUAUAGCCAGGAGGAGCGAUCUGCGUUGGCUUUAAAACUUCUUCGCUUGACGCUCAAGUUUGUUGGAUACGACUUCGAGCAAGCCAAUCGUUCCAUGAUCACAAAUCCUCUCGCAUAUAGGGUCUUGCUCGUGGACCUGGAAAUUUGGAGAUUUGGCGAUGUUCGUCUGCUUGAACUUUACUAUGCCCAGUUUCGUGUUUUCGCCAGCGAAAGCCAGUUUCGUCGAUUCAAUUCUAAACGGCUCGCUAGAAUGCGUGUCAACAAGAAAUUACUUGAAGCCCUAAAGGGAGAGGACUUCACUCACGAAGCGUUAGGUCUUUACAUACCUGCCUUCCAGUCGUUGAUGGAGAGCUGUCUAUCAGCAGAUUUGCUUCGCUCGCUAGCUCUGUUCAUCACUUAUGCAAUACACAAGCCCCGUGAACCGAUCAGGCUACAGAAAAAAAGGAGCAUACGCUUCAACACGGGUGCACGCCAACAACAGGUCGACAAUGAAAAUGUCAAAUAUGUAUCCAGCCCUGCAAUUGCUGCGGAGAUGCUUCGGAUGUAUUGUUCUAUGCUCUGCAAUGCGAAUGACCUUGGACCGAUCAAGAAAUUUGCCAGAGCCGUAACAAACAAGUGGCUUUUGUACCUCCUCUGCGAGGACGAUCCUGAGAUUGUGAUCUCGGCACUCAAGAUUCUCGCUCGCCUCCUUGUCACUCAUGGUGGCAGUUAUUGUAAAAAGUUCACUGACAAGACUGGGGGCUAUAUUCUCAUGCGCCAUUACUUAAGGAGAUGGUGGCACAUACCCGCUCUCUGGUCACUCUGCUUUGCCAUGUUGCUUGGUCAAGACAUCGGCAAAUUAAACAUCGACAGAUCAUUUGAUAAACACGGCCUUGUGGAAACGUUCCUAUCGGAUCAUUCGCUGGAAAUCGCGUUUCCGGAGAUGUUCCCUGUCAUAACCGAGCUUAUACAAAUUGCCUUGGAGCGAACAGUGUCCGCAGAAAGCUCCUCAAAAAGGGCUGAGAAUAGGUUGAACGAUGCGUAUCGGCCCUCGAUUCUUGCUCAAAAGAGUGCAAACACCACAGCUGAGAAGAUCUUACUUCUGAACACCGUCUUCGAAUUCCUUUCCGAGCUUCAGGUCAGAUCACCGGGCUUUCGUGACUUCGCAACCCAGGCGGACUAUGUUCGAUACCUAUUAUUGGCGCUCUUUCCAGUGGUUUCCGGCUCAGCCCCGGAGAGUGCAGAUGUAGAAAUCCAUCCACGCGCAAAUAGCCUUGGUUUUAGCGACCACAACCUAGUCAUGCGCCCACGGUCCAGAGGUGUCAGCGACCUACAAACCACAACAGUGGAGCAAACAGGCACGCGAGAUGGCCUCGGUAGAUCACUGGGCCGAACGUCGUCCUUCAUCCUUGUUUCAUCCGAUAAGGGGAAGCACUUGCCGUCUUCUACACGCAUAGCUCAUGCAUGCAGCCCGAGUAAGAUCAAAUUGAAAGGCGCCAUGGAGCAUCAUUUGGUUAUUGGUGUGCUCAACCUGAUAAUUCCCGUCUUCCUUGCGCAGAUCAUGGAGAGAAAAGACUUCUCAGGUCUUGGCAUUUAUUCAAAGUCACCACCUGGAUCCACUGAGCAUCGUGCGCACUUCAAUUCUUGGGUGAUGACGCAUCUUCUGUCAACGCUCAAAGAGCGUUUCCUUGCCAAGCCUGAUUUGCUUGCGGAGACGCGCGUGCUAACUAAUCUCGGUCGGUUUGUGACACAUCUUGGGGAAGCAGUCUUCGAAGGCUGGUUUGUUGAUGGGGUGACCAGCACCGUUGAGUUUGCAGGUAUGGUCUUAGAGUACCUUCAAAGGCCUGAUAUCUCUCGUCUGAAGACCAUAAGGCUCUGUAGUCAAGUGGUUACGACGAUUCGAUCGACUGUUUUCCGGUUAGUCAUUCUUGGACUAUCCGAAGUUGAAGGCACCGAUGCGCUUAAAUUUUUGGAUCAUCUAUCUUACUGGCAGGUUGUACUACUGUCGGGCGAUGCUCGGUCAGACCACUUGCAAUUGUUGUGCUAUCUACUCUACACCAAACUAGAAGAUGAAGACAAAGGUGUACGUUUGGCUGCAGCGGGUCUCUUCAGAAUCAUACUCGUUCAGAAGCCCUCCGAUAUGGCUACUAUCUUGAGUCACGCAUCAAUUUACCUUCAAAAACGGCUUGCUGCGGGCUUUGAGACUGUGGUGGGAAUGGAUGAUUCCGAAUUCUUGCAGUGGUUCAAUGAUCAGAAGGAGGAUCUGCAGUCUUUGUUCUUUGGUGUCAUAUCGAAGCAAUGGGAAGACUUUGUCCAAGAGGAGAACGCCAAUAUUGACGGCACUUGGCGAACGCGAGUGUCCAAGCGUCAAGAGAAGCUGAAGCAGUGGAAACAAGCGGAAGUACUUAGCAAUGACGUGACACGCAAACAUGAGGCAACUUUUCCUCAUUGGGCUUCAAACAUCUCGGCAUCUGAGUUCCUGAAGUCCCAACGUGCACUUCAGGACCAGCAGGACGAUAAUUCUUUCAUGUGGUCAGCUUUCUCCAAGCUAACUAUGGAUCUGCGGCGGUAUGGCGGUCUUUUAGCUGAAGAUCGGGAGAGGAGAUGGCGGCUUGACCAGACAGAAGGACGUAGUCGCAUGCGUCUCCGCAUGAUACCCGAUGACUCAAGCGAUAGACAGGACUAUCAACCCAAGCGAAAAGCGUCGGCGCCGCCAGCUAUCAAACUGGUCACACAAGUACACCCGUCUCCUGGCGCCGAAUCACUUGAUCUCACCCCCAUGGCUGCAAACAACGAAGCUACGGAUGUUAAUGUUCACAGCAUCGGUCCGGAUGGUAGAAGCUUGCUGGAAGAAAGCUUUGAAAUGAUUGACGAUCCCAAAGCCGAUUUGGAGGACUACGAAGAUAAAAAUCGCAAGGUCAUGCGGAGUCUACACCGCGGUGAUCAAGUUGAAGGGGUGUGCAACAUGUCUCGGGUCAUCGGCUUAGAGGCACUUGAGGGCCUUGUGAUUCAAGGCAAAGAACAUAUCUACAUUCUAGACAAUUUCUUUCAGAGGUCAGACGGUGAGAUUGUGAAUGUGUGGCAAGCGCCCACGAAUGAGCGUGACCCAUACGUUCAGAUGAUCGCCGGGCGACAAUCUAUGGAGCGCAAAGCGCAAGAGCAUGAAACACGAAGCUGGAAAUGGUCUGAUUUGAUUAGCGUCUCCAAACGGAGAUUUUUGUUCCGGGAUGUUGCCGUGGAGAUCUUCUUCUCGGAUGGUACCAGUUACCUUUUGACACUCAUCUCGUCGCGGGCUCGGGACAGUCUCUUCAGUCAGCUCGCCAUGAAAGCUCCUCAAGUCACCGGUAGUGUUGGGCACGCACGUCCUGAAGAUGCCCGGAGAUUUGAGACGCUUAGAAGUCAAGAGGAUGCGCCACAAACGCUGGGAUCGAAGUUCGCUAGCGUCUUUGGACAUUCCCCGGUCUAUCCAGCAACGCGCAAAUGGGCCAAAGGGGAGAUGUCCAACUUCCAUUACCUGAUGCUGAUCAACACACUAGCAGGAAGAACAUUUAAUGACCUGACGCAAUAUCCGGUAUUCCCUUGGGUGCUCGCGGAUUAUACCAGUGAGGAGUUGGAUCUGACCAAUCCACUCACAUUCCGUGACUUGUCCAAACCCAUGGGAUGUCAGACUUCCGAACGCGAAGCCGGCUUCAGAGAGCGGUAUAAAGCCUUUGCUGAGAUGGCAGAUGACAAGUUGCCGCCGUGGCAUUACGGGACACACUACUCUUCGGCCAUGAUCGUUAGCUCUUACCUCAUCAGAUUGCAGCCUUUCGUCAAGUCAUAUCUGCUGCUUCAAGGAGGUACAUUUGACCAUGCUGACCGUCUAUUCUACUCAAUCGGCAAAGCCUGGGAAUCUGCAUCACGUGGCCAUAUGUCCGAUGUGCGAGAGCUUAUACCAGAAUUCUUCUACCUUCCAGAGUUCCUCGACAACUCAAAUAAGUAUGAUUUCGGUGUUCUUCAGGACAUGACCACUACUAUCGAUACGGUAGAAUUGCCCCCCUGGGCUAAGGGUGACCCCAAGAUCUUCAUUGCAAAACAUCGAGAAGCUCUUGAAAGCCCAUAUGUCACGCAGAAUCUGCACCAUUGGAUUGAUCUUGUGUUCGGCUGCAAGCAGAAAGGCGAGGCUGCAGUCGAGGCAGUGAAUGUCUUUCAUCAUCUCUCUUAUCAAGGUGCCGAAGAUAUCGAUGCUAUUGAAGACCCUGAGGAACAACGUCGCACAGUUAGUACAAUUCAUAACUUCGGACAAACGCCCCAUCAGAUCUUCAGCCGGCCUCAUCCACAGAGAGAAGACCCGGGGCAGAAGAGUCCAAGUUUAGACCGAUUAGCCGAGUCUCUCACCCAGCUACCCCUUGCCCUUCUUGAUAUUGGUGAGCAGGUCUCUUCCCUAUCGAUGAGGCAAGACCGUCUCUUAUGCGCGGCUGCUCUACGGUUAAAUAUCCCCCCCAGCUACGACAAAUACAUGGAAUGGGGCUUUUUCGAUGGCAGCGUUAGGUUCUAUUCUGCCGAUCAUCGGAAGCUUCUCGGCCACUUCGAGCACAUUCAUGCGGGUCAACUGUCGUGCGCUUUGUUCGCCGACUCUCGGACUUUAGUCACGGCUGGAACGGAUUGCAUAGUCUCGAUAUGGACUUUCACAUCUUCGGGCAGAACCGUGGACCUACAGCCAUCGGGAUCAUUGUUCGGGCAUCGUUCGCCGGUUACAGUACUUGCAGUGUCCUGGUCUUUCAGUACGCUCUUGUCCGUAUCGACCGAUGGACAGAUCAUGCUAUGGGAUCUUAACCGGCAGUGUUUUGUUCGCGAGCUUCCGGCCAACGGACGUGUUGAUUGUGCUAAGAUCAACGAUGUCACUGGCGAGAUCAUGAUUUGCCGAGGUGAUCGUCUCAGCUUGUACAGCCUUAACGGAUCUUUGUUACUCGAGCAGACUGUAGGUGACUCUGCGGACGAUAAGGUCAUGACGUGCGUCUUCUACGAGGGAGUCAACAAUAUGUGGCAAGAGCGGGAGCUCCUGUUUACGGGGCAUAAACACGGCGUCGUCAACAUCUGGAGCAAAAUUAUUCUUCACGGACGAUUUGAGCUAGAAUUGAUCCGACAGCUACAUCAUGUGGACAACCUUCGCGACAACGGUGCCAACAUCUCGGCAGGGAUUACCUGUAUCCUUGCUUUGCCGCAUGUUGUUUACACUGGUGAUGAUGUCGGCCGAGUGUAUGAAUGGAGCUGUGUUCAACGCCGCUGAUGAGCAUGCCAGAAAGGCUCAAUUCGGCUGAGGUUAUUGCUCGCAAGUCAAUCACGAAAACUUGGUAAUUUCGCCUUAUUUGGGUAUUGAUCAAUGCUGAUCUUGUUCGGGUACCUGGAUUUAAGAACUUGUCAGAUCAGCAUUAACUCACUUUAACCUACCCAGGCAGUGUUUCGGCUUUCACUCUUCAAUGGCGCAUUUUCGUCUCCCAGCCCGGUUCUUUUCCGCUGAGAAUAACUUAGACUGGGAACUCCACUGUAUAUACCCAGUAUAAUUCCGUGGGGGGACAUGCGGAGAAAAAAGCUGCGGUAGCCACGGAUGUGUGGGGGCAGUUGUACUACAUCAGGACUAGACAAAAAGGCCAGGAGUCGCAGAAGAGCGGGUAUAUUGACCUGAAUGGGAAGCAUCACUUCGAAG